UGCAGUGCAUCGCCGAUCCUGAGGAGAAAGCCACCGAAGGAUGCCCGUCUUUCAGGUGAGAUUCAGCGGGAUAUAAUGAUAAUUAAUCUAAAGUGAAGGCAGACAGACGUUCCCGAGCGUCUCCCGCUUACAGCUGAAGGGAAGGACACUGACAGGAAGAUGCUAACAGUAUGCGGUGACUGAGACUGUGGCCUGAAGGCACAGUGGAUCAGGUGGCGGCAGCAGCAGCACCAGUCAGCAGGCAUCUAGCUUAGAUGAAGAAUGAAGAGCCCGGUGCACAGAUGCAGGGAUGUGGAGCACGGGCGGGGGCAGGGCGGGGCCGGGGCUGGUACCACCACCACCUGCCUGCAGGCCGAGCAGCGUAUCCCUAUCUCCAAAGACGUCAUCACUUCCUCCUCUGCCUCCGCCAUGUGGUUUAUCAGGGACGUCUGUGGCAUCGUGUGCGCCGUCAUCACCUGGCUGCUGGUGUUGUACGCGGAGUUCGUGGUACUGUUUGUGAUGCUGCUGCCAUCCAAGAAUCUGACGUACAGCAUUGUGAAUGGGACCCUGUUCAACAUUUUGGCCUUCCUUGCCCUUGCCUCACACCUCAGGGCCAUGUGCACUGACCCUGGGGCGGUGCCAAAAGGGAACGCUACUAAGGAAUACAUAGAAAGCCUUCAGCUGAAACCAGGGCAGGUGGUCUACAAAUGUCCCAAGUGCUGCAGCAUCAAGCCUGACCGAGCACACCACUGCAGUGUUUGCAAACGCUGCAUACGGAAGAUGGACCACCACUGCCCCUGGGUCAAUAACUGUGUUGGGGAGAACAACCAAAAGUACUUUGUGCUUUUCACAAUGUACAUUGCACUCAUCUCUCUCCACGCUCUGCUCAUGGUGGUCUUCCAUUUCCUCUACUGCUUUGAAGAUGAUUGGACAAAGUGCAGUUCCUUCUCUCCUCCAGCAACAGUCAUCCUCCUCAUACUCCUGUGCUUUGAGGGUCUCCUCUUCCUCAUCUUCACCUCUGUGAUGUUCGGCACCCAAGUCCACUCCAUCUGUACCGACGAGACCGGCAUAGAGCAGUUGAAAAAGGAAGAGAGAAGAUGGGCUAAAAAAACUAAGUGGAUGAACAUGAGGGCGGUAUUUGGACACCCUUUCUCCAUAUUGUGGUUUAGUCCCUUCUCCACCCCUGACCAUGGGAAGGCUGAGACCUAUCAGUAUGUGGUGUGAGAGCUCAGCGCAGGGAACGAGGCGGCUGGGUCAGAGCCAGAGUGGGAACCCUGCCUGGCUGCAUAGAGCUCUGCUAUGGCAGUCUGUCGCUCCCAGCGCUGAACAUGAUUUACAUUGUAUCUCCCACACUAGCCAUGGACAGCUUUCCUUCUGCUUUUUGUUUUGCCAUCUAAGUGCGCUAUACGUUUGUAUUUUUGUGUUGCCUUGAGUGAGUUGAGUUGCAGAGAAAAAGAAAGCACUUUCAGUUUGUGAAUCCUGUUUGAAAUCACUGUGAUAAAUCUGUUUUUUUCCUGAGCUGUUUCUAUUUCUGUUGUUGUUUCAGAAGCCUUCUCUUUUCUUGCACUGUGUUUACUCUUGCUUUCCCUUAAAGAGUCAGUUCAGUUAAAUUCCAAAAAGAACACAUUUUCUCCUGUCUCCAAAGUGGUGUCUGGCUGUGCUGAUAGUUUUAGUUUUAAGAAAAUAACCCCUGAAACUGCCGCCCCAUUUCAAUGGAAGAGAAUGGAAUUUAGUAUAAAGCUGCCUCGUAGAGUUACUUUCAUUAUCGAUAACUCUGCUAAAUAUUUUCUUUGAGAAUAUAAGUGCGCCUCACAUUUUCAUGCUUUCUUUCAAAUUGUUUUGUUCAACCAACAACAGUUCCACAAUCCAAAAGACAUAUAUUCAGUUAACUACUGGAGAUAAGGCAAACAUUUCAUUAAUAUUUGAGGAGCUGGAAGCUGUGCAUUUUUUAAUGUUUGCUUAAGAAAUUAUUGAACGAUUUUCAAAAUUGUGUCUUUGACUUAAAAGAAAUUGUUUCAGCUUUAGUUUCAUUUGUGGUCAAAAAAUUGAAAAAUGACAUCACAGAAACUGUGGCAAAUUGUUUUGUAGAGUCAGUAUCUUGGUUACUAAUGCAGUAAAUGCACAGACCUUAACAGGCGUAAAACACAAACAGAAUGAGCCUUAGCACCACAUUUCAAAGUGCUGUCCAUUUAGAGGUGGUGAAAUUUUAAUUUGUUUGUAGUUUUGUGAUGUCUUGCCUUUAAUCUUUUCUGUUUGCUUUGCAGACAGACUGCUGGCUAGCUGUGUCAACAUGUGGAAAUUAGGGAUGUUCCUGGCCACUAAUUUCCCUUUCAACUAAGCCAAAAUUUUAAUUAAGACAGUUAAACACUCAUAAAACACAAAAAUUUAGCACAAUUUAUUGUUAAGUAGUUGAAACAUUGUCCCAAAAAUAUUGUGUGCCCUUUGAAGCCUUUAAUCACAAACUUCAACAACCAUGUCGGAUUUUAAAUGCCGCUGGAGUACGAGAAACUUUGCGCCAUGUGGUAUGAAUGUGAACAUGAUGGCAACUCAGUCAAAAGUUAACCACUAACAUAACAUCUAGAAUAAAUAAAUUGCCUCUGAAAUGUGGGGCGCAUUGAACCUUGCAGAUUAUCCAACAAAAUGAUAGCAAUUCACUUUAAAGUAAAUAAAACAUCUAAUUUAUAACUAAACUCCAGCUGAAAUGAGAGGCAUUUUGCGCCGUGCAGCAUGAAUGUAAACCCUGCACAUUAUCUAACGACAACUCACUCAAGUUAACAAAUACUAUCACAUGUCAAAAAAGAUAAAUUGCUGCUGAAUUCAUUUUCUAGAUCAAACUGAUCACUGGUUUUGUGAGAGAACAUUUCUCCAAUUUCCUACCGUGCUGUUUUAAAACUCCAGUCUACUCGAGCAUUACCGCGGGGAGGAGGACUGCUGUCUGACUGCUCUGUAGCCCUCACUAGUGGCAAGCGGUUGCAUGACAGUUAAGCAACCUUGUGCAUGAAUAAAACACUAAUUGGUUUAAUCAACUAAUAUUUCUUGUGCUGACUAGUGAGGUGGUGGACGUUUAAUCAUAUAGACGACCAAUUGCAGGCAUCCCUCGCGGAAACGCAGUGCUCACUACCCACCUUUUGGUCUCCACUGGUUAGCCAAAGUUAGUUUUGGCCCCUUUGCACUGCACACCAUUCAGAUUGGAGCUAGCUUGCGGCAAUGCUCAUUGGGCAAUUACAGCUGGUACACCAUCCUGAUCCACUGUGGCAGAACGGCACCCUCUAGUCUCACCCAAGGUCACCCUUGUGAGUGUGCUGCCUAAUUUAAAGCUGUAAAACCACUUUAGCAUUGUUAACUAUGUUAGCACCACUAACUGUGCUAAAAGUGAUAACAUAGUGGCCAGUGGCUUGGGAUGGCAUUACCAGUUGUAAUCACCAAAUGAGUGGCAUCGUUAGCUACCCCCCAUCCGACUUGGGUGGUGCACAGUGCAGAGCAACAACUGUUAGCUAACCAGUGUAGCAUGAGUACUUUAUUAGCUGUGUUGUGGUACAGUAUAAAGUUAGUACUUCUGCUAAACUGACGGGUAGUAAAAUUAACCUACAGACCGACACGCAUAACUGGUCAAAAUACUCUUGGCCCUUAACUGAUUGAGAGUCAACUGUUGACAUCCCUAAUCCAGAGUAACCAGGACUUUGUUUCUGGUUAUACAAUUUGCCAUUGUUGACUGUUUUCGGAUUUUCAAAACAUUUAAAAUUACAUUCACCUCUACUGUACAAGGCUGAGUGCAGAAAAUUGAAUCCUGGAAAAGUAAAACCAAACUACCUGCCUGGCUACAUACUACUAGUGGUAAAUAAAAAAAUUUGUCUUUUUGUAAUGUAGUUGAACUGACCCUUUAAAUCAUUCUCUUUUCAGACAGUAAUCAGUAGUGUGUUUUUGAUCAAAUAAACCUUUUAAAUAGGUCCCCACUAGAAUGGAUUGGAUGAAUGGUUAGGCUACAGUAGGUUCAGGGUAACAGUCUCUAUAAUCACAUUCCUCAUGGGAGCCAUUCUGCAAACAGAUCCAUUCUUAGGCCGACCCUUUUAAAUGGUGCCAAAUACAGCACGUAACAGAACAGUUUGCCAUCAUUAUUGUGGAUGUUUGGUUAUUUAUGAUUGUAAAAAUAUUUUAAAUGCACCCAGUUGGGCAAAAAAAGGUUAUUUUUCUGCUAAAAGUCAAGUUGUGGCUUGUUAUCACCCAUUUUUACACUUAGAGACGCACCAAUCCCAUGUUUUCUCCUGAUACCUCAGCUCAGGGCAUCUGCCAGUAUCAACUCCCGAUGUAAAUACCAGUGCUCUGUUUUUUCCUUUUCCUUGGGAUCAUUUUUACGGUGCCUCCAAACAUAAAGUACCCAGUAUUUACUGUAAAUACUGAGAUCCAACCCCCUAGUUAAAAUGCAUCCAAGAACCCACAAGUAAAAAUCACUGAUAAUGUUAUUGGUGGGUAAAUUGAGUGUUGCAAGUGUCCUCAACCCACCUGUGUGAGACAGGUCAGUAUCUUAUACAGUGACCUUGUUGUAUUUGAGCCCUCUGGGAAAAAAACUACAUACAAGGCCAAAAAGGUGCCACCUGCAUGUUACCCAAGUGUGGAACAUUCUCCCUGAUUCCUCUCUGAUACAUGCUCGACUAGAACAAAGCGUUUGUUAGAGGGCAGAGCUGUUUUUUUUUUAAAAAAGCUUAAACAAGCCAGGAAUAUUUGUUCAUUUCUCCAAACAAAAUCAAUCCUGAAACAAAUUGCCAGCUUGCUUUUGUUGUGGCAGGUUUUGCUGAAUCAUUUUUGCAUUGCUCAAUGAGGAAAUGGUUUCAGUCAGUACAAAUGUCAAACCUCGUUUUGUUUUUCCAGCAGCUAAUCACAGUUGUCAGAAUGUUGCCGGUAGAGUUAGCAGGCUGUCAACAACCAUACUGCAACAUACCGUAAAACUUGAAUUAAAAGCCAAGCCACAGUUACACCUAGUUCCUUUUACUAAGCGGGUUUGGCUACACGUUUUGACAUGCUGGACUGGCUGCCUCUGAUUCUGCCAAUUAGUUUAUUUUUAUAUAACUUCUUUGGAUGUAUAAAACCUCUUUAAGUCUACUGAGGAAAGGGUGACCUACUUGAGCUAAUUCUGAGCUGCUUAGAUUGCACAUACAAAUGUAAAUGUUUAAACUCUUGUCCAUGUGGACAUGCUACGCAUCGUUAGCUUGAUUAGAUCCUCCACAAUCCAGGCAUUCAGUUCAUUUUACUGAAACCACCACCACCAAAGUACAAUUCAUUCAGAUUUACAGGCAUGGUAAAAGAGAGAUGAAAAAAGUAGUGACUCCCCACCCUAGGAGCAGUUAUAGUGUCUAAAUAUGCCUCCAUUCCUCAGUUAAAUAUUUAUAAUCUUUUAGGCUGUAAGAGUCCUCAGAUCAAAAGCAUCAGAACAGUUUUUCAUAAAAAAUAAUCCAAGUUAUGAAUAUUGGCGUGUAAAGUCCAUUGCUCACUGACUGUGACCGUACUUUUAACUGACAAACAAUAUUUUCUCCUCUUCCUGCGCUGCGUUGUUGGGUACACUUGUUUUCGUUACCUUGCUGGCUACAAAAUGAAAAUGUACCCACCUUUCUCUGCUUAGUUUUCACUCCUUUCUCACUGCGUUUCUCUUUCUGCAAUAAAUCUUUUUUGGUUUUCUUCCUCUCUAAGGUAGGCUACCUGUAUUUUGAUGCAUCUCUUUCUCUCUCAGUGCAUGAGAAUGGCCUAACAUCAGAUGCGCUGUCUCUUAGAGCUAGACCAAAUGAAUGAUACAUAAUUAAAUUGUGAUUAGAUAGUCUAAUUUUAUACAAGUAGUAUUCAUACUGAUUUCAAUAUACAAUGUGAUAUUAUUUCGCGUCUUUGCUGAGCAAGAGUUUUGUGCAGGAGAUUUAGGAGCUCAUCCUGUAUAACUCCUGUCUAAAACAUACACCGGUUGUUUACAGUGAUUGAAGCAAAUAAAAGCCUGGGAUAUUAAUUUAAGUUUUACGGUAUGCUCAUUCUCUCUUUUGUGAGGAAAAUUUUGGUGCCCCAUAGUAACACUAACGGCCCUGUGUGUGUGUGUUCAUGUGCUAUAAGCCCAUGUGGUGUGUUGAUAUUUUGAGUGUGUGCCAAAUGAAAUAAACCUCAGAAAGACAUGAUUAUUUGGGAAAGCUUUGAUAUGAAAUUCCUCAGAAAGGGACCUUGAUUUGACCUUAAAAAUGAAAGUUGUAUUUAAUCAUGUGUGGAGUCAAAGGGAAGCACCGUAUAAAAAUGUAUAACUCUGCAUACAUCUUCUCAUGCGGCAGCGGAACUUCAGCUUGAUAAAGCAUUUAACAAAGUAUUAACUUUCACCACUCACAUUUACACGUGAUACUAAAAAUGCUAAUUCGCACUUUGUAUUUCUCAUUUUCUCCUGUGUGAAUUGCUCUGUUCUGAAGUGUAUUUUAUUCUUCUAUUCUUUGUUUACAUGAUAUUUUAUGUAUCCUUUGUUAUCUGAAUGCAUGGUACAGAUGAAGGUUAGUUUAGUGAUGUAUGUGAAACACUGCUGGUAUGAUGAUGACGUCUCACUGGUGAGAGUGAUGGUGGAGAUGAUUUGUUUUUUACAGAAAUUUUAAUUCUUUCUAAAUAUUCUGAAGAUAUUUCAGCACAUGCGCAGAGAAUAAAUACUUCUCAGUUGCAAUGCAAAACUGUGUUUGCUUGCUUUUUUAAAAUGUAUUUAUUUCUCUUUGAUUGUAGACGGCCUGCUAUACCCAAAUGUGUUCAACAUUUUUUUUCAUGUUUAAGCUGUGCGUGGUAACUUUUAAAAUAACUUAUUGUCACAUUUGCUGAAACUGUCACUGUAUCCAUACCGUAGUACAUGAGACACUGUGAAAAAAAGGUGCUUCUAAUGGCAUUUCCAAAAAUCCACGGCACCUCAGCAAAAACAACCACAGAGUCUCUAACGCAGCUGUCAGUCAUGACAGUCACUGUGACCUGAUCAAACAUGAAUCAAUAUUCUGUUACUGCAUUGCCUAUUUCCCACUCUUAAAUGCUUUCAAAACAUAUUUUAGUGCACUGUUUAGCUGUAAAACAAGAAAGUAUGUGACCUGGUUGCCAUGUUGGAAACAGUUGAGCCAAAAUGAAGCACCACCCACCAGCAAACUUUCUCAUUUUACAGCUAAACAGUAUGUUGAAAUAUGUUUCUGAAAACAUCUGAGGUGAGAAACAGGCAACACAGCAACAGAAUCUUGAUUAAUAUUUAAUCAGCACACUGCCUAGUUUGACAGUUUGACCGCAGCAGUGAUUGAUAUGAUUAUCAGCCACGUUAGAGACUCCUGCUGGCUGUGAUUGGUUGUUUUUAUUCAGGCCUGGUGUAGUGACAGUUUCAGCAUAUAUUCUUUUCUUUUCUUUUUUUUUUUUUUUUUU